GGCAGCGCGGGCGCGCCCGGGCACCCGCCCCGCGGUGGGCGCGUCCUGGCGGGGGCAGCGGCGGCGGGAGGCCACGUUGGCAGGGCGGGAGCGGGGCCGCGCCGCGCUGGCCGCAGCUGGUAGUCGGGGUGCGGGUGCCGGUGCGGGGCCUCUGCCAGAGUAAAAAUGUCUUCGCCUCCCAAAGAGAAAGCAGAGACGCGGGCCGGACACCCUCCUGCUGUAAAAGCUGGUGGGAUGCGAAUUGUUCAGAAACACCCACACAAUUCUGAUGCCAAAGAAGAAAAAGAUAAAGAUGACCAAGACUGGGAAACCAGCAGCCCACCUAAACCAUCAGUGUUCAUCUCUGGAGUCCUCGCUAGGGGUGAUAAGGACUUCCCUCCAGCUGCGGCUCAGGUGGCUCAUCAGAAACCACAUCCUUCUGUGGAAAAGCUUCCUCACCCACAGCAUGUCAAACAGCACAUCCACCAGCCUCGCAAGUGAGCUCUCCACCAAAACAUCAACCAAACUAGCGUCAGUGAAUAAGUUUUCGAGAGAAGACAAAAAGCCUUUAGAAUUCACGUUGUCAAAUCACUAAAGUUGACCUCUAAAAUAUUUUGCUGUUUCUUUUACUUUAUUUGUCAAGGGUUAAUAAGAAUGAAGACAUUGUUCAGUUGUUAUCCCAGAUGGAAAAUUCUCUAUUAUUAAGUAUAUGCUGAUCAAGAGUGGGUUUUGUACAAGAUUUUCUUAUUGCCAAGAUAAAACUUCACUAUGAAUAAUACGAUUACUGAGCUUAAAACUUGUACAUUUAGUUGUGUCAUCGCAAUAGCAGAUAGUUAAUGUAGUUUUAAUACUAAGUGGGUAGGGAAGAAUAACCCUUCUGUACUGGUACCUUUACUGCCUGGAGGGAGUUUGUUGAGACAGGAAUUGGUGUCUUGGUUACAUGGAACCCUUGCAGUCUUCAGUAUCGUGCAGUGUUACAGCCCAGUGGCUGUGCCCUCUGAUUUCAACUAGUGAGAUGAUAAAAGGCCCAAAAACAUUCUCACGUGGGCAGAAAUCCAGCUGAAUCUUCUUUGCACUUGCAGAGUCUUGCUGAUGUUCUUCCAUUUGGAGAUCUGUGGGUAUGGUGGAGGGAGAGAAAUCAGACUUAACAGCAACAAUGCUGCUGUGCACAACUGACUUGUGAUCUUACUAAUCUCAGUGGGGGCUGUAUUUUUAUGAGGCUUUGAUUCUGCAAUUCCAAUAGCAAGCUGAAGGACCUCAGGACCCUCCAGAAUUGAACUUAAGAUAAACUGGUGAAAAAUCUGUUUCCCUUUUUUUUUUAACAUACAGUUUGAGAUUACUAUUUGAAAUUAGGAUAUACCAUUAGUAAACGUAUUUAACUUUAUGACUUAACCUCUGUUACACAUCUUAUUUUUUCUGAUUCUUCUUAUUGUAAAUAAGGACAGUAGUGAUACAAGGGAAUAAAAAAGUCUUUUCAAAUAGAGCAAUCGGAUUAGUUUUGACUACAAAUUAAAUCUUUUGUUUGCACAGUUCAAAAUCACUUAUCAUUUUUCUUCUACACCUCAUAUAUGUCAAACCUAGAAAAACAUUUUUUUUUAACAGUCCACCUACAUUUUUGAAGUAUACGUCUGCUUUUAUCUGACUAUAAAUACAGUACAGCCUUAAGUACCCUCUGGGUUUAUAAAACUUAUGAUAAUGUCCAAAAAGUGGUUACUGGAACUAAUGCUGCCAACAUUCACCUGGCAAAUCAAUGAAAGUGUAGGGUCACUUGGAGCUUUACUAGUUCAUUUAUGUUUCAAAUCAAGUAGUACUUAAAACCAGGGAGGAAAGCUUUAAAAAUAGUAUUUUUUUAAAUUACUGUGGCAUAAUAAUAAUUAAAUAAUUCCCAGAGUAUCUGGUUUAAACAACAAAAUCGUGAAAUACGGCCCAUUUCACAAGUGGAAUACUUUACUUCAUGUGGGUGAGAGGGACCUGGCAUUUCCAUUUUUUCGUAGGCUUGAAAUGGAAAUGGUGUUUUGCAAAGAAUAUGCAUGGUUAUAUUUAUUCUACACCCAAGGAAGGAUGUACAAUCUGUAUAUGCAGUCCUUAUUUUCAAUUUAAUUAGAUAACCUUACUUGCCUUAAGUAAUGAGCAUUGUUUAUAAGACUUAUUCUUGUUUAUAAGACUUAUUCUGUAUUAGAAUAUGCAUAAUUUUAAAAAUAUGCUUUCUGUUUCUGUUGUUGGUACGUCUGAGGCCUUGUUUGUAGCCACUCAUGAGUGUCCAAGUGACUCACACAUGAGUAUCUCAUUCCUAAAGGGUAGCAUUGUUGAGCUUCAUGGCAUUUCUGCAUGAGGCAAUUUCCUGGGAGGAAUGUUAGCAGAUUUGGGACAAAAAGGGGUGACAUCUUGUUGAUGGUACAGGCAGUAGCUGUCAGUGUGCUGCAUCAGUGGUGAAGCAGAUCAUGUCAGUCAUCUGGUGCUGGUAGCUUCUGGCUUGAGAGUGGGCUGGAUGGGAUUCAGCUCUCCUAGUCUUGCGCCUUCAUCUGAAAUACUGUCUAGACUCCAGCUGCAGUCAAUGGUGAUGUAAUCAAGACAGUCAGGAGAAUUUAGGUAUGGCAUCUUUGACCAAAUGGAAGUGUCUUUGAAGAGGAGCUGGAUCACUCUCUACUCCAUUGACUGCACUGGAAAAUUAAAUGUAGAAGCAUCAAGUAAUAGGGGGUAGAAAUGUUUCUGAACACAAAACCACGUGUCUAUUCUAAUACUAAAAUUUAGGAACAUGGAUGCUUUUGAAUUACAAACUACUGCUCCUGGUUGUUAAUGCAAUAUAUACAGCAUAUAUAGACAAUACCUGAAUUUUGUCUUUGAUUACUUAGAUGAGUAUAUUAGCUUGUACAAUGGAGUAUGACUCUCAAGAUGACCUUAGUGGAUUUUAGAGUGCAGGAAUUCCUAUAUACUUGGAAAAUGUCUCUGUAUGAAAGCUUAUUAUAUAUUGUUGGGAGGUAUCCAAGUUUGUACACAGGUGACCUCACCAAAGCAUUACCUUGCUCGAAGAAUCAUAACUGGUUAUCUGGAUUCCUACUGGUGAAUAUUGAAACUUUCAAAAUAAGAUACAAUAACAUGCAGAGAAGAUGUUCAGAUGUUACCUUGAAAUUAUUGCAAAAUAUUUUUUUCUGUAAUUGUUAAAAUUACAAUAAUACAACAAUAAAGCAUGAAGUUGUA